AUGCGCCGGAUCGAUUUCAAAGGUAGUGAAUCAAAACAAAGAACUUGCUUUGCGAUGCGAUCUGUCAAAAUGUCGGUCAACGCUCAAGUACAUUUGACCAAAAAUGAAAACAUUAAAAUGAACGAUAAAACUCUUAAACCCCUAUUUUCCAAGCAAGCGGAGUGUUCAUAUGUGUCUUGUUAUUGCGAAGAAAAUGUAUGGAAAUUGUGUCAGGAUGUAUCACUAAGAAUACCGGAGGAGUUGGAUCGGUGCUUCGUGGUAUUUAUAUCUAACCCUUGCCGCACGGUGCCUCUCUGGAGACAAAGGGCUGGGCGCGAGGAAGAUCGUCUAGUCAUAUGGGACUAUCAUGUGAUAUUCUUGUACUCUUGGGACUGCAAGACUUGCCUUGUCUACGAUCUGGACUCUGAGUUGCCUUUUCCAACAUUCUUCCAUAAAUAUGUCACUGAGACAUUUCGUACUGAUCAGGUGUUAAAAUCAGACUUUCACAGAUUCUUUCGUGUUGUACCUGCAAAACAAUUUCUGCAACAUUUUGCAUCUGAUCGUCGUCACAUGAAGAGACCUGAUGGUUCAUGGAUUAAGCCCCCACCUCCAUAUCCGGCCAUCUGCACCUCAGUGGCAACAAACAACCUAGAUGAGUACAUCAACAUGGAUAUUGGAUCAGGAUUGGGCCAAGUUUUGAGUCUGACAGAAUUUGUGCAACGGUUUUAUAAAAUAGAGAAGUAGUACAAACGAGAACCAGUUGUGGUGCGUGCCUGCCUGAGAAAAUCAGUAGUUAAAUGCAAAAUAUUAUCAUAUACGUUUUGAAUGUAACUAUGAAGGUUGUAAGGAAAAAAUACAACUCGGGCAGACAACACCAUUAGAUAGUCAAAUGGCGCAUUUGUUAAUUUAAAAUUUUCCAUGGCAGCGAUCAUGGUUUUAGUUGAUUAUGUUAUAGUAAUCUUUGUUAAUUAUUUUGUUGUUCCUGUGAUUAUUUAAUUAUUACUUUAAAUCUAUAAUUACCUAAAGUCAAUCUAUAGCUUAUAAAUAAAUAUACAGAGCACAGUGAAUUUCCAUUUUGCCCACCUAUUACACAAAGAUGUGUCUUGCACAAGAAAACUAUGAAUAACCACUCAUUUUAAAGCCACUUAACUUAUUGGUCAAUGUA